GCCAGACCCUGCCCUGCCCCCACGGCGGGGGGCGCCUGUCUUCGGGGGGCACAAACUCGAUAAUCAUUGCCAAAUAUGCGGGGGGGGAAAAAAAAAACCCCGAAACCUCGCGAACUUGGACAAGUUGCUAGAAUUCUCUCUAGGACAAGAACCGGACCGAGCUCCCACAGUGCCCUCGUCCUCCUGUCUUUUUCAGCUGGGAUGAACACCAGGCGUCGAGCACUUCCCCAGCCACACCGUCUCUCCCCCCGCGGCCUGCUUUCCACUCCCCACUCUUAGGAAUCUAGACCCAAACUGUAUCAGACACGUCUGCGCCCGAGGCCGCGCAGUGCAGGCUCGGCCAGCCAGGCCUCCACUGAGAACACCGCCAGCAUCCCUGCUCGCCUGCCAAACUGCCUUUCUCGGGGCUUGGUAUUUCACACUUGCUGAGGCCCUCGGCUCGAUAAACGAACGUCCAGUCAACACUUGUUGAGUGGCAGGUCCACCAUGCUGGUAACAGAUUUAAAAAUAUUUCCAGCCAUAAGCGACAGUAUUCUUACUAGUCGUUCUUGAUGGAUGGCCGGAUUAACAGUUUCCAACGAUUCCUUAGCCACACAAAGGAGUGGAUGACAUUGUUCAUGCCCAACAAACCUAUGAACGUCUAUCCGCAUUUUGUGGAAACGGAUGCGGGUGUAGGGCGGCAACUUUAAUCCUUCCAGCGUGACUAUUUUCAAAUAAACUUACAUGCACUCGAUGGCAUACUAUUUUGCGUUAAUAUCGCACUGCGACUGGAGGGGAAAAAAAGUUGAGAAAUGCCUAGGUAAGCUCAAAAAGAAAGCGCGAUUUUAAAAUUUUCUCUUGUAUUUCCACCGCUGCCUGAAAGGCGGGCUAGGCCCGGAUCACGUGACGCGCUCCAAGUCCGGGCGGAAGCGCGCCUGGAACCGCUCGCCGAAAGAUGGCUGCUGCAGCCGCGGGGUGGACGGCGCCCGGGAGCGGGCUCUAGGGCCCGCGCCACCCCGUCCCGGUGCUCCUUACCAUGAGGCCAGUGAAUCGCCGCACCCUGGACUGGAUUUACUCCGUGUUGCUACUUGUGAUCGUCUUGCUCUCCUGGGGAUUCGUCAUCUAUGCAUCGACUGUAGCCGCACGACGGCAGCUACAGAAGGAGUUUCCCGACAAAUUCUUUGAAAUGAGUGAACUUUGGUAAUUCUCAGCAAACACAGUUCUUUUCCUUAAAGAGCACCUAUGUAGACUUAAAAGUAAAAUUCACAACACCAAAUUGUGUA